AUGGUCUCCAAAGCUCUGAACAUCGUCUUCCGUAUCUGGGAGUUCAUCUGCACCAUCAUCAUCAUGUCCCUCAUCGGCAAUAUGAUCGCCACCGCCUUUGCCGGCAACCCCUCCGCCGUCAACUACGCCAUGUUCGUCAGCGCAUUCGGCAUGGCCUCACUGCUGUAUCUGAUCCCGGCAGCCAUCAUCGAGAGACUGCAGUUCCCACCCCUGUCGAGCGUCCUGGAUGGGCUGAAUGUGAUUUUCUGGUUCUGUGCUGCCGUCGCCUUGCCCAGCUACCUGCAUGUGCAUAGUUGUAGCAAUAGGUGGUACGUCCUCCACAAUUCCAUCACCAACGGCUCGCACGACCCGGAGAAGCGCUGCCGCAUGGCGCAGGCCAGCACCGCCUUCCUCUGGUUCGGCUGGGUCGCCUGGAUCGUCACCUUGGUCAUCUCCCUCAUGUCCAUCCGCGGCGGCGCCAAUCUGCGCGGCGGCGCCCGCAAGCCCGGGCCCAGCAUGAGCCAGGUAUAG